AUCGCAACCAACUCACAAGGAAACCUCGAGAACCCUCAAAUUCUGAUUUUAAUGAAACUUUUCAUACAUAUAGAGGAGUUGGUACCAUUUUCACCUUGUAAUCGAGGCUAAACCUUCAGUCGUUGCGCUGAUCUUAGACAGAAAGCAUUGUCUCGUAUCGAACUCAAACACUAGUGAUUGUUGACUAGAAGCUGCGAAAUGGCAUUUAUGACGGACUAUUGGAUCCUAGAUGGCACAAUAAUGGAAUGCUUAAAUAGAGAGAAAGCCCCGUCAUACUUUCUAAAGGAACUCUACGAUCGAGCGAAGGAUAAUAGUAAACCUUAUAUAGGUUUCUACGUUUCUGACGUACCCUUCUUGUUGCUACGCAAUCGCGAAAUCAUUAAUCACGUCUUGAUAACAGACUUUCAUUAUUUCUGCGAUCGGUACUCUUCGGCCGAUCCAAAGGAUCGUGUUGGUUACGCCAAUCUCUUCUUCAUCAAAAAUCCAAGUUGGAUGAAAUUAAAAACGAAAUUGACGCCAUUUUUUAAUAACAGUACACUGGAGAAAAUGUUUGCUCUGAUGCUAGAAUGCGGGAAGCAUUUAAAUAUAUAUCUUGACUCACUGAAAUUGUAUGGUAAUGGACAAAUAAUAGAUGUAAUGGAUGUAAGUUCAAAAUUAAACAUGGAUGUAAUCUGGAGCACUGCUUAUGGACUCGAUGCGAACAUGUUCAAAGAUCCAAAUUUCAGCAAACUGGGCAAAAUAAUGUUAAAAGAUAAAUAUAACCGCGGCUAUAAGAUGCUCCACAUGUUCUUUCUUCCACAUGCAACUAGUAUGGGUAAACUAAAAGUGUUUCAAAACGAGACCACCGAUCUUCUGCGUAAAAUUUUCUGGCAUACAAUGACGAGGCGCAUGAAAUCUGGCGAGAAGAGAAACGACCUCAUCGAUAUUCUGAUCGAGCUCAAGAGGAACAGUAGUUAUGAAGAAAGAAUUGAAGACUUUACAUUCGAUGACGAUGAUCUUUUGGCACAAGCAGCUAGUUUCUUCUUAUUUGGUUUUGAAACCUGCUCAACGACUACGGCCUUCGCGUUGUAUCAACUCGCGGUUC